UGGGGAUAUGGUCAAGAAGAGAACUUGUAGACUAUGAGGAGUUAUAUAUUCUAUGCAAGGUGAAGGACAUGGUGAAAUGCACUCUUUCUCGCAACUUUUUUCUCUGUGCACACUCUAACACUCUACAACCAACAUCACCGUUGCAAAUUACCUUCCUCGCGAGCAUUCCACUACACGCUACGCUAACUACAAUGACCAAGGCACAGAGAAACGAGUUUACAUUCUACAACUGUGUUCAGGGACUGCUGGACAAGAAAGCGGCGGGUCUCCCGGUCAGGGACAAGGACAGGCCUGCGUCAUUGACUAAGUCAGAAAAAAACUACUUGCUUCGGCUGCACUCAACUGUGCCAGUUCAGGUGAAAAACAUCCUUUUAAAUGUGUUUGUCCAAUUUGAAAGGCGCGAGGAUAGAAGCAUGGCUUUCAUCUGCGUCUGCAGAAAGCCAUUCCUGACAAGGCGUAGGCUGAGCAAGCAUUACAAACGGGUCUGCACCCAUUCCAACAUCCCGACUAAUGUUCCAGGGCUUCAACUUAUUGACAGCACUCAAGUUCUCCCUGAUGAUUUGGAGGUCGUCAAUGCCUCAGGAAGAGUGGCUGGUGCAACUAUCCGAGAGUUCAUGCGGGACUUGGGCAUUGCAAAUGCUCAACAGCAACAUGCACAGCGCAUGCAAAUCAUGGCGCUUCAAGACUCUAUUGCUCAGAUUGCAGCAGGUCAAGGGCAGGGGCAAGCUGUGCAAGCUGCUCCUGCUUCUGCUUCUGCUUCUGACACCGGACCUUCCAGUCCGGUUUCUACAAGUAGAAAGAGAACACGCUCUGACGCCCCUCACUUUGGAACAUUCAGGCCCCCUAGUUAUAUGUCUCCAACUGAAAAAAAGUAAAAUAAAAAUGGCAGUUUGAUGGAGCGAGUGUAGAUCGGUAUAAAAAUUAGGCAGAUGUAGAGACGGGAAAGCGCAUGGUCUCGCCUUGCUUAUCAUUUUCCACAAUAGUGAAAGCUAGGUAACUCCCUACGCGUCGGGAUGCUUGCAAUCGAUUGGAGUAUCUGAGGUGUCGGAGGAUCUAGGGUGAAAAGGG